AUGCUGAAAAUCGUUCUUUUGAGUUUGCAUCUUGUGACUUUUGCAUCAUCUCGAGUUGUUCCAAACCUUGAUGCGAUUCGCACAAAUAUGAUGAUGACGGAGGAAAAAAUGCUCGAAGGAGGUUCCCAAACUCUCACAGAAAAAGAAAUUUUGGUCGAUAAUCUCAUUCGAAACCUGAAACGUGAAGAAUUAAACGCUGGAUUACGAAAUUUGUCAACUUUUGCUCCUGCGAUGCAUUUUUUUCAAGCAAAACCGUUGAUCGAAAGGAGUAAAAUUUUUGAAAUUAUCAAGAAAAUCCCGAAAGGAGCUUCGUUGCAUGUUCACAAUACAGCUUCUGUGUCAACGACGUGGAUUAUUCGUAACUUGACGUAUCGCCCAGAGGCCGAAUAUUGCACGAACUCUAAUGGCUUAACGAUUUUCACUGCUGGAGAUCACAAAAAUUGCGUCGAUGAAGCUGUUAACAUCCAACAAAGGAGAUUCGGGAUGAAUUUCAACCAAAUUAGAGAUUUUGACGCGUGGCUUUCUUCAAAAAUCUCGUUGGUAAAUGACAAUCCGAGCAUCAAACACAGCAACAUUAACGAAGUUUGGACCGAAUUUGAAGAAAUUUUCGACACAAUUGAAAAUCUUCUGACUUUUCUCCCAUUUUACAAGGACUACCAUUACCGAAUGUUGCAAGAAUUUUAUGAUGACGGCAUUUUUUACACGGAAUUUCGAACGAGUUUCAAUGAGCUGUACGACAAUUUCGGGAAUUUUUACGAUCAUGUGCAGUCAGCGGGUGUUUUGUACGACGUUGUACGAGAAUUUGGAGUGACUCACUCGAAUUUCGUCGGAGCAAAGGCGAUUUAUUCAGUUUUUCGGCGAUCGGAUGAACAAAAGUUGGCAAAGCGGGUGACGAUGUUCACACAAGUGAAGAUGAAUUUUCCGAACUUUGUUAUUGGAUUCGAUUUUGUUGGGCAGGAAGAUUUGGGAGUGCCGUUAAUUUGUUUGCAACAAGUUAUUGGAGCAUUACCGCCUGAGACACAGUUCUUUUUUCAUGCCGGAGAAACGAAUUGGUGGGGUACUUCCAUCGACUUCAACAUAAUCGACGCAAUUCUCUUCAACACAACACGCAUCGGGCAUGGUUACGCUCUUCUCAAACAUCCGCUAUUAUGGAAUACAGUUCUCACUAAAAACAUUGCUAUCGAAGUCAGUGUCAUCAGUAAUCAAGUCCUGCAUCUCGUUUCUGACUUACGAAAUCAUCCCGCAGCCAUUUACUUUGCUUUAAAUCUUCCUGUUGUAAUAACCAACGACGAUCCCUCAUUUUGGAACGCUCUUGGGCUCAGCUACGAUUGGUAUUACGCUUUCAUGUCGUUGUCUCCUGCGACAUCUGGCUUAAAAUUUUUAAAGCAACUUUCGCUAAAUUCAAUUAAAUUCAGCAUUUUAUCUGCGCAGGAAAGGAUGAAAAUGGAAAAAAUCUUCUCCGUUGAAUGGGAUCGUUUUUUGAAUGAAAUUUUGCAACGAAAUUCGUUCAAAUAA